UGCACAAUUGGAUUUGCAAAAACGUCUCCUCUGGGGGGAGGGUGUCAUGCCGCAGUUUGUUGGGGGUACCGCGGGGGUGGAGGUUUGCGGAGUGACUGCAACAUGCGAGAUACAAACGCACGUGGACUGGGCGGUCUCCAACAAACAUCUUUCACGUGACCUUCUUUAAUGAGAGAACAGCGGAGUCAGUCUCGUCAUUCGGAGUGCUGCAUCUGGUCUGACAUCAUGGCUUUAGAGGUGGAAUCUGCCGACGUGAUUCGACUGAUAAUGCAAUAUUUGAAAGAGAACAAUCUUUAUCGGACGCUGACCACCCUGCAAGAGGAAACCACCGUGUCGCUCAACACCGUGGAGAGCAUUGACAGCUUCGUGGCGGACAUCAACAAUGGCCAUUGGGACACGGUUCUAUUAGCUAUCCAGUCACUCAAGCUCCCCGACAAAACCCUUAUUGACCUCUAUGAGCAGGUGGUCCUGGAGCUCAUAGAGCUAAGAGAGCUGGGGGCAGCCCGUUCUCUCCUCCGACAGACCGACCCCAUGAUCAUGCUGAAACAAACCCAGCCUGAGAGGUACACCCACCUGGAGAACCUGCUUGCUCGCUCCUACUUUGACCCCCAUGAGGCAUAUCCAGAGGGCAGCAGCAAGGAGAAAAGGCGGGCGAUAAUUGCCCAGGACCUUGCAGGGGAAGUCAGCGUGGUGCCACCCUCUCGUCUCAUAGCCCUGCUGGGGCAGGUGAGUUCUUUGAAGUGGCAGCAGCACCAGGGCCAUCUUUCUGCAGGGAUGACCAUCGACCUGUUCAGGGGAAAGGCAGCAGUGAGAGACGUGGAUGAGGAGCGCUUCCCCAGCCAGCUAUGCAGGCAUAUCAAGUUUGGACACAAGUCCCACGUGGAGUGUGCUCGCUUCUCGCCAGACGGACAGUACCUUGUUACCGGGUCAGUGGACGGAUUUAUAGAGGUCUGGAACUUCACCAUGGGCAAAAUCCAAAAGGAUCUGAAGUACCAGGCCCAGGAUAACUUCAUGAUGAUGGACGAGGCUGUGCUGUGUCUGGGCUUCAGCAGGGACACAGACAUGCUGGCCACCGGAGCACAAGGCGGCAAGAUCAUGGUGUGGAGGAUCCAGAGCGGUCAGUGUCUGCAGAGGUUUGAGCGUGCACACAGCAAAGGAGUGACCUGCGUGAGCUUCUGCAGGGAGAGCAGCCAGCUGCUCAGCGCGUCUUUUGACCAGACCGUCCGGAUCCACGGGCUGAAGUCCGGCAAGACCCUGAAGGAGUUCAGAGGCCACACCUCUUUUGUGAACGAGGCGCGGUUCACCCAGGACGACCAUUUCAUCAUGAGCGCCUCGUCGGACGGCACAGUGAAGAUGUGGAAUGUGAAGACCACGGAAUGCGCUCACACGUUCAAAUCGCUGGGCACGUCGUCGAGCUCAGACAUUGCUGUCACCAGCGUGAUCCUCAUGCCCAAGAACCCCGAGCACUUUGUGGUGUGCAGCCGCUCCAACACCGUGGUCAUCAUGAACAUGCAUGGUCAGAUUGUGCGAAGCUUCAGCUCGGGGAGGAGGGAAGGGGGAGACUUUGUGUGCUGUGCUCUGUCACCCCGAGGGGAGUGGAUCUACUGUGUUGGGGAGGAUUCUGUCCUCUACUGCUUCAGCACAGUGACUGGGAAGCUGGAGAGGACUCUGACUGUCCACGAGAAAGCUGUGAUUGGCAUCGCCCACCACCCCCACCAGAACCUUCUUUCUACUUACAGCGAGGAUGGCCUUCUCAAGCUUUGGAGGCCCUGAAUGUUAUCCAAGAGAGCCAACUCUUUUCACCUCUGGUCUACUACUCAAACACUCCCAGCCCCAUGGGAAAGCUGGGCCACGUGUCUUGUGUUGAGUUCUGGUUGGCUGAAUGUAGCUUUCAAAUGAUCUCUGAUUGGUUCAUGUAGGAUGUCUUCGGUUAGACAUGCAUGCUUGUUAUAUACAUGUAUUGAAGGGCUUUGCCAGCAUGCUAGUUACCUACAACGUAACAUGUAGACAGUCCUCUCUCACUGUCCUCUAUGGUGGACAUGUAAAUUGAUAAAACUAAUGUCACUCAUGGUACUAUGGUAGAUAUUGGUUGGAUACUUUUGCUAUUAGUGUCUUUUGCGAGUAAUGCCCACUCCAUUUUGUUGCAUUGAGAUGUUGUAUCAUACAUUAAAUUGCUAUGCUGUACUAUGUAGUAAAGCAUUUUAAAUGGUUGCUUGAAAGACAUUAAGACUGAAACUCUGUUCUACAGUGAA